GAACUUUUCGUUCGCUAAAAUUCGGAGCGCAAGAUGGAGGUUGAGGAACAGGGAGCUGGAGACAGCUACGUGUCUUCUGGCGGCUCUGCGCUCGGUCACGUCGCAUCUCCAGACCCGCUGUUCAGCAUGAACAUCGUUCUCGCUCCGACACUUCACGCGCGUCCGGGUCCAACAGCAAGAGGAAUCCGGAUUACCUAAUGUGUACGGAGCGUUGCUGGGAACGCAAAAGGGGCGCAGUAUUGACAUCUGCAAUUCUUUUGAGCUGUGUGCGUGGUUGAGCGGAUGCUGACUUGACAGAGCUCUUUUCUCGCCUCCAAAGAAGAACAGUUCAAGCAGGUUUUCUCGACGAUGGAGUUUGUAGGUUGGUACACAAUUGGAGGGAGUCCAACGAAAGAAGAUGUAGAGUUCCACCAGCAGGUGUGCCCAGACAGCGAGAAUGGGCUGCUUCUAAAACUGAGCCCAAUUUCAAGAACAGAUCAGCUUCCCCUGAGUAUCUAUGAGUCUCUGAUAGAGAUAGGUGAAGGAAGGGCGACUGUCUUGUUCACCCCAGUCUCUUACACCCUGGCCACAGAAGAAGCUGAAAGAAUCGGAGUGGACCAUGUGGCUCGCAGCUCAGUAGCUGGGACAACACUUACGUCGGCUGUUUCAGAACAGUUGAGUGCACAGCACGGUGCCGUCAAGAUGCUUCAUUCUCGCGUCAGACUUCUUCUGGACUACCUCAAGGCAGUCCAAGCCGGUGACCUUCCUAAGAACCAUGAAAUACUCAGAAAAGUGUCGAGCCUGUGCCACCAGUUGCCUGUUUUAGACGGUACUUCCUUCCAGAAGGAAUUCCACAGCGUACGUUUCCCCCAAAAGUUGGAUUUGUUUUGUGUGUGUGUGUGUGUGUGUGUGUACAAAUACUUUCAGGUUGAAGUGAAAUAUAGAACUCUCUGAAAGGAAAACAUGACCAUUUCCCUGUAUUAUAUUGGUUUGUGUGUGUAUUAUACCUCUCCCACAUUGUCUUGUUUGUAGAUGACAAAUGAUGUGGUGUUGAUGACAUACCUGGCCACUAUUACAAAGGGGCUCGCCACUACCAGCGAGUUGGUGCAGAAAGUCAACACUAUCUAUGAUCGCCACGGUCUUGGAAGAAGAGCUCGGAGCCUCAUGUACUAGACUCUGCAUUCCUCCAAAUCAUCUGUCAUUACUGCCACAAAUUUUCAUGCACCACAUGAUGCAACAUUUUGGCAGAUUUUGCAAAAUCAGCAUAGCGUAGCAGGACGGCUGCCGUCCAAUUGUUUUCGCUCUGCGUGCAAACGCAACAACGUCACGAAAAACUCUCA